AUGAGCAGGAAAUUCUUCGUCGGUGGCAACUGGAAAAUGAACGGCGACAAGAAAAGCCUCGGGGAGCUCAUCCAGACCCUGAAUAGUGGCAAGGUGGACUCCAAUGUCGAGGUGGUGUGCGGUGCUCCAUCCAUCUACCUGGACUUCGCCAGGUCCAAACUGGAUGCCAAGUUUGGAGUGGCGGCUCAGAACUGCUACAAAGUUUCCAAGGGUGCCUUCACUGGGGAGAUUAGCCCUGCGAUGAUCAAGGACUGCGGCGUGAACUGGGUUAUCCUGGGACACUCCGAGCGGCGCCACGUCUUCGGCGAGAGCGACGAGUUGAUUGGUCAGAAGACUGCUCAUGCUCUGGAGAGCGGUCUCGGCGUGAUCGCCUGCAUCGGCGAGAAGCUGGAUGAGAGGGAGGGAGGCAUCACAGAGAAGGUGGUGUUUGCCCAGACCAAAGUCAUCGCAGACAACGUAAAGGACUGGAGCAAGGUCGUGCUUGCUUAUGAGCCUGUGUGGGCUAUUGGCACUGGGAAGACUGCGUCUCCCCAGCAGGCCCAGGAAGUUCAUGAGAAACUGAGGGCGUGGCUGAAGACCAACGUGUCUGAUGCUGUAGCCAACUCUGUGAGGAUCAUCUAUGGAGGUUCAGUAACUGGUGGUACCUGUAAAGAACUGGCCUCCCAGAAGGACGUGGACGGUUUCCUGGUGGGUGGAGCCUCUCUCAAGCCAGAGUUCAUCGACAUCAUCAAUGCCAAGGCGUAAAGACCCAACCGGAUCGGCUCCCUCAACUCGCAGUGCUUCUUCCCCUCUCUCUCUGUUCGAACCGUUUGUGUAAUGUCGUCAUUCCCUCGG